GAGAUUAAUUUCUUGCCUGUUUCUGCUGGAUGCCAAAAUUGCAAGCUUUGAUUCCCGAUUUAAUGGCGGCGAUGGCCGCAGAUAAAUCCCAGCUUGGUGGAUCCCUCUCGAUCGAUCGAGUUCCGGGAGGCAGCAGCAGCAGCAGCAAUGUCGGGCGCCGCCAACGCGACCUCGCCGGCGGCGGGCGCCGGCACGCCGCGGUCGCGGCUGCCGCGGUGGACGCGGCACGAGACGCUGGUGCUGCUCCAGGCGAGGCGCGCCAUGGAGCACCGCGGGCGGCGGUCGCCGCAGCCGGUGAGGCUCAAGUGGGCGGCGGUGUCGACCUACUGCCGCCGCCACGGCGUCGAGCGCGGGCCCAUGCAGUGCCGCAAGCGCUGGGGCAACCUCUCCUGGGACCUCAAGAAGAUCGUCGCCUGGGAGAAGAACCUCGCCGCCGUCGUCUCCGGCGCCGGUGACAACGCUGUCGCCGCCGGCGAAGGCGAAGGGGAGGCGCCGCCGCCGCCGCGGCUCGAGUCGUUCUGGGACAUGCGCGGCGAGCAGCGGCGCGCGAGGCAGCUGCCGUCGUCGUUCGACCGGGAGGUCUACGACGCGCUCGUCGGCGGCCACGGCGCCGCGCCGCCGUCAGACUUCGGCGAGGACCUCGCCGACGGCGACGGCGUGGACGCCGACGAGCUGCCGCCGCCGCCGCUCAUGGUCAUGCCCAUAUCAGCGAGGAAGUACGUGCCACCUACUGCUUCAUCUCAACAGGAAUGCUCUGAUCCAGCUACGGUGAGCGCCAAGAGAGGCGGCGCGGCGUCAGACAAGAACUCGACGUCGCAGCAUGACGGCGGCGGCGGCGGCGGCCUGAAGGACAGCGAGGCGACGUACGGCGCCGGCGUCGGAGGGGAGGAGGGCACGACAACGGCGACGGCGACGGCGACGACGACGAGCAUCGGGAGGCAGGUGAUCGAGGCCCUGGAGAGAGGGAACCGGAUGCUGGGCGACCAGCUGGAGGCGCAGCGCGCGGCGUGGGACGCCGAGAGGGAGCAGAGGGUGGCGCUCCUCGCCGCCGUCGACAAGCUCGCCGGCGCCGUCUGCCGGAUCGCCGAUAAGCUCUGACUGAGCAACCGCAAAUCCAUACGCUACUACUAUACUAGCAUGUAAAAUACUCUCAUUAAAGGUUCAGAUCAGGUUACAGAUUAUACUGUUUCAGUUAACCAUGAUGAACUGCGUUUCAAUGAAAUUGUGUGGUUUCUAGGUAUGAGCUACUACCUGAUUUGAACCCGCACGCAAAAUAGAGUAAUUCAUUAGUA